AAAAAAGAACUUCCCUAAGCAUUGCUGAAAGCCGUUUACGGGAUAAUGAGUUGGAAAUUAAUAACCUUAAAUUUUCAUUUCAAGAAGCCGAACGAAAAAGAUUUGAUUUAAGCCUAGAAAAUGCUCAAUUAAGAAUAGAUAUCAGCGAACAAAAUAAUUUACUAGGCUUAAAUGCCGAAACCAUACAAAACCAAAAUAAUGAAAUUACCAACUUAAAAACACAAAUCCUUACUUUGCAGCAAACAAUUAAUAGGUUUGAACAAGAAAAAUUAGAAACGGUUUUUAACUCACCAUCCCAAACUAUUACUUAUCCCGAAGUGGAAGAAAACCAAAUCAAGCCUAAAGAGAUGAAAACGGCCGGCGUUCAAACCGAUAAAAAUCUGGAUGGAACUCAGACAAUAUUUCUCGUAGUGGGAAUUGUAGGAGAAGAUGAAUUAAUUACUGAUGAUAUUACUAUUGGAACUUUGGCUUUGGUUAAUUCUCUAAUUUCUGUAGUUAAUAUUUUUUUGUUUGAAGGAGAAAAAUAUUCUUUUGGGUGGUUUGCCAAAUUGCUAUUGGCUUAUGGUAUAUUUCGUUCAUCAGCAUCUUUGAUUGGUAGCAUGAUUUCUCUAGGAAUUUACGGAACCAAAGGUUUUCAGUAUCCCGAAUUUUCUUUAUUAGCCACUUUAACUUUGCCAGUAGUGAUGUUCUCUGUUAAGCGUGGUUUAAACGAAUUAGAGCAAAAAUUAAAUAUGUCUCGGGAAGAAGUGAUUGGAGAAAAUAGCAAUGAAGAAGAAUUUUUUGUUUGGCAAAUUGUUGCUUUGAACAUUAAUACAAACAACAUAAAUGCUAAUGCUCAAUUUACUGCUAAUUGUUGCACUUCUGAUCUACCCAGUCAAUGGGGGAGUUCUGGUUUAAACAGUACUGAAAGCGUUACUAUCCAACAAAAAGAGGGAAAUAAUUGUUUUCUUGCCAAUAAUUCUCUGGUUACAGCAAAUCUUGUAAUAAGAGUAGCGGGGCUAAUAGUUACUGCUCUUAUGUCUAUGGCUAUGUGUUUAAUUCCAUGUAUUGAGGGAAAAAAAAGAAAAAUAGCGAGAAAUUUUUUCAGAACUUUCGUUUAUUUACCAAUUGCGGUUGCUUUCAUAUCCUACUUAGUAAUUAAUGCCUUAAUUCAAGCCAAAGGUUUGAAUACUGCCGGACUAGAAAGAUGUUUUAUUGAUUAUUCACUAACUAGUAGUAAAACUGGUUAUCUCCAAGAAUGGAUAACGCAAAAAUUUGUCACACUACGACAACUAGCCUUG